UGUACAUUGCUGUAACAUAGGCUUAUAUACAAAGUGAAAGCGCCUCUCCUUACUGGUAUUUUCUGGAGUUCUCAGAAAGGCUAACUUUGAAACACAGGUCGUAAGAAUAACUAUGAAGGCUGAGUUCUCUAAUGCCCAUGAUACGUCUGGCACAACAUUGCACCGGUUCAGUGCGUUCUUAUUAGCUUCUGUUGUAUUGAUUCUCGUCAUCUUAGCCAGUCCUUCAUGGAUUCUUGAUCCUUAUAAUAAGUUGUUUCCAAAGAGCCAUGAAACAUUUGAAAUCACACCAGUCACACGGGAAAAUGCCAGUGCGAUCUUCAACACCGUGCAAGGUGCUCUGAGAAACAAGAAUGCUCAAAUUGAACCUAUUGGUGUCAGCUUCAUACCAGCAUACAUCCCAGAAGGCACGUUGUUGUACCAUGGGAAUGGAGAUGGUCAAAUUCCAGAGGGCCCAGAAUGGAUUGCCAUGGACCAUGAGUUCAGUCAAAACUUCAUCGCAGAUAGAGCCGGGCCUCACAUCGGUCAUGGUCAUCGCUCUUCCACUCGUGCUGCUGAGAAGGGAAGAGGACAUCCGGGUAGAUUCCAUGGACCACCACGAGAUUCUGAAGAUAAGCAUACCUCACUACUGACGUUUCGUGUCAAGAAACCUUUGAGUCGAAUGAUCCUCCUGGAUGGCUCCUCUGCUGCAAAAACUGAAACUGGUGAGAUGGAUCAACAGUAUAUCCUUGCUGGGAUAGAGAAUGUAUCGAGCCCGUUUGUUGGUGAGCGUGAAUCAUCUGUCAAGAUCUGUGAAUGGGGGAAACAGUUUGGAUUGGAUGGAUAUAUUCGUGUUGAAGUUGGAUUUGAAGUUGUCAUAUGUGACUUCUUUGACAAGUUGGAGUUGACCAGCAAUGUCACUCUAGAUUGGGGGAAUAACACUUUGAAUUUGCCCUUGGAACUAACUGAUGAACAUCUAAUGGAUGAAUAUGCUUCAUUGUGGGACUCCGUCAGUGCCAUGGGGAGCUACGAUUGGGCCAAGAUGGGCAACGUCCAUGAUAAGAGAGAAGGCCGUAUUCUGCUGGACUUCUCCAAGCUCCAGACCAUGCUCAACAGAACAUAUGUUGGUACUGAUCCCUACACCAGAAGAAUAUACAAUGUGUCCAAAGAUCUGAGACAGGACUUGAAAAGAGACCUCGCACAAUCGCUGGAGGGAGGAGUAGAUCCCUAUGGUGGUACUAAUUGGCAGCUACUAACCACCGAGAUUGUUGACAAAUUCUCUCCUAUUUUACAGAUGAUCAAUUCGAGCUUGAGCGAUGAGCACUCAGACGGUGUGUCAAAGGCAAAGAACCUGACAGUGUUCACCACUAACUUUGUACGGAGGUUUCUUUCUUGGGAAGAAGGUGCGUCCAUUGAAGAGAGAAUCUUGGCUGCUAAAAACAGGGCUCUGGAACAGUAUGUACAUCCACUCCAACCUUUGAGAUCCAAGUCGGAUGCAUUGAUAUUGUCUUCAAUUCGCCGGGUUACACAAAUGAUCAUCGAGACUGUAUUCGAUUCAUUCUUUGUAUCCAGGGACAUCUUAGAUGACUAUUUCUUGAAGAACGAAAUCGAUUUUACAGGACUGGACGAGCUGAAAUACCAAGUUGUUGAUCUUCUCGAGGUGUUAAGAUGGGAGUCUACCUAUUAUACCUGUUCUUCCAGAUGUUCGUGGGAUGAGAUCUGUUAUACGCCUUCUUGGGGUCCGUCCCCACUGGGAUGGGACAGCUCAUUCGGCACUUUUACAGACUCCUAUGGGAAGGUGAGAAUCUCUGCAGAGCUACAGUGUGUAAGUUACAAGACGAUUCUAGCACUGGGCCACAAGGAAUGGUAACCAUCGUUUCAUUUGUGUGUGUGUGUAUAUGCUAUUUUUAUUAGUAUCAUUCUAAUAUUAGCCUCUAAUGUACUGG